UUGAUUCUCUCUCUCUCUUUCUCUUUUAUUAGUAAACAAAAACAAAGUGUUUUUGACUUUCUCUCUCUAUCAAAACCAAAUGCCUAAAUAAACCCUUCUCUAUCUGUUUUCUUUAUUUUUUGCAUGCUCAUCGUCUGCUUUCCUUGUUCUCUCCUUCUUCGAAGCCAAAGACUCUCUCUUCUCGACCACUUCCCUUGUAUCUCUCCCUUUCUCUCUAUAUUUCUAUAUUAUUCCUUCUCUUAGGAAACUUAAAGAACAACAACUACUACUAAACAUCAAAGCAAAGCAAAGCAAAGCAAAAGGAAAUCACGUAGAAGCAAAGAAUCGAAAGCCAACAGCUUUAUCCAAUGGCAGUUGAAGCUCCUCAUAUGAAUCUUUUCCCUCCUCAGUUAAUCACCAACAGCAGAGAUUUUUUCAAAACAAAUCAAGGGAGUGGCAAUAUAUACAAUACCCAGAUGGAUUCUUGUGUUCCUUUGGUUGAUACAAUGCAUGAAGCUUCACAGCUUUUUCCAUUAAAUCAAUCCCUUGUUUGUGAUCCAAUUUCUGCCAAAACUUCAAUCAAUAAAGCUGAUAGUGGCCUUACCUAUAAUAUGAAUAUCCCAGUUUCAGCUCCUAGAAAAAGGCCUAGAGAUUCAUUCAUCAACGGCUUUGAUUCAUAUAUAGUCCCUCAAAAGAACAAAAUUUCCGGUGUUUCCUCUGUUCUUGACGAUGAUGUGUUCUCACAAAUCCAACAACAACACCAAGAAAUCGACCGUUUCAUUGCUGAACAUACAGAAAAAGUGAGGUUGGAACUCGAAGAAAGAAGAAAGAGACAAUCUACAAUGUUGAUUACGGCAAUCCAAGAAGGGGUUGUGAAGAAACUGAAGGAAAAAGAUGAAGAGAUACAAAGAAUGGGGAAACUAAACUGGGUUCUUCAAGAAAGGGUGAAAAGCCUAUACAUGGAGAACCAACUGUGGAGAGAUUUGGCACAAACAAAUGAAGCGACGGCCAAUUCCCUACGCACCAAUUUAGAACAAGUCCUGGCUCAUGUUAGCGAGGAACGCCAUGUGAGCGGGGGAGGCGCAGCCGCGUUGGCCGAUGAUGCAGAGUCUAGCUGUGGCAGCAGUGAUGAAGGCUGGCGCAAGGUUAUUCCACCCCAACCACAAGGGCAAGGGCGUGGCUGUGUCGGUGGUGAUUGUGGUGCGCAGGAUAAGGCGGUGGUGGUUGGGAAUAAUAGGAAGUGUAGAAAGUGUGGUGAGAAAGAGUCAAGUGUGCUGUUGCUGCCAUGCAGACAUCUUUGUCUUUGUACAUUGUGUGGGUCCACCCUGGUAUGCAGUUGCCCUGUUUGUGAUUCUGUUACCAAUGGCAGUGUUCAUGUUAACAUGUCAUAAAAAAAAUCUCUCUCUCUUUUGUAGAGUUCUCAGUGAAAAAAAAAAAAAAAGGCAAAUGCAAAUAUCUUUUUAGAAAUGGAUCACAGAAAAAAUUUUCAUUAUUAGUAUCUGUUUCAUCUCAUUCUUUUCCUAUUUCCUUUCUCUCUUAUUUUUUGUUCCUUUCUUGUUCAAGCAUCUGUUUUUACCAUUGAGAAUGGUGAUUUCUAGUAGUAAGAAGAAGGCCAACUGGUGAGAGUUGCUGCCUGUAAGAGUUCUGUUUUUACUAAUUCAUUUUGCAGCCAAAGCCACAAAACUUGAACAAGAAAGGAACAUGCCAAACUGUGUAAAGUAAAAUUGUCAAAGUUAAAGCAUUAUUGUUCGCUUACUAGGUGAGGACAAUUAUUCAUUUU